AUGAUAAGGCCUCUAUGCAGCAAUGCGUCUCGUAUUGCUCGUACGACUUCAACAUCAAUAACCAAACGCACGUACGCCUCACAUCCCCCCAAUGCCCGACUAAACAUACCCACGAACUACGCCACAACUCCUCUCCUCCACCACACCUCCAAGUCCGCCCUCGUCAACCAAGAGCUCCCUCAAUCCGCCCGUGACGGAACCACAUGUCGUCAAAACCUCUUCCAAGCCGUCAACUCUGCUCUCGCUCACGCUCUCCGCUCCGAUCCCCGCGUCCUGCUCUUCGGCGAGGAUGUUGCUUUCGGCGGCGUAUUUCGCUGUUCGAUGAACCUUGCAUCAGAAUUUGGAGAUGCCCGCGUCUUCAACACUCCGUUGAGUGAGCAGGGACUCGUUGGAUUCGCGAUCGGAGCGGCAGCGGAGGGCAUGAGACCGAUUGCUGAAGUCCAGUUCGCGGACUAUGUCUACCCGGCUUUCGAUCAGAUCGUCAACGAAGCGGCGAAGAUGCGGUAUCGAGCUGGUGUCCAUGCUGGGACGCAGAACUGCGGAGGUUUGGUUAUUCGAAUGCCCGCGGGAGGGGUGGGGCAUGGAGCGCUGUAUCAUACUCAGUCGCCCGAGUCGUUGUUCACGCACAUUCCUGGUUUGAGAGUCGUCGUUCCGAGGUCACCAACUCAGGCGAAGGGACUUUUACUGGCGGCGGUGGCGUGUCCGGAUCCGGUCAUCUUCAUGGAGCCCAAGAUUUUGUAUCGUGCUGCGGUCGAGCAUGUCCCCGCGGAACCGUACGAGCUUCCUCUUAGCAAGGCUGAGAUCUUGAAAAAGGGUUCUGAUGUAACGAUCAUCUCCUACGGGACGCCACUUUAUACAUGUCAAAACGCCAUCACAGCCGCGGAGAAGGACUUGAAAUGCUCAGUAGAGUUCAUCGAUUUACGGACGAUCUAUCCCUGGGAUCGACAGACAGUCAUGGAAUCUGUCAACAAGACCGGACGGUGUCUCGUGGUACACGAGAGCAUGGUCAACGCGGGCGUUGGCGCUGAAGUCGCGGCUACGAUUCAGGAGGGCUGCUUCCUGAGGUUGGAGGCUCCGGUGCAGAGGGUGGCGGGCUGGUCAACGCAUUCUGGUCUGGCGUACGAAAAGUUCAAUAUCCCAGACGUCGCGAGGGUUUACGAUGCCAUCAAGAAUGUGCUGGAUUACUGA